AUGGUAGACAGAGGAAGUCAAGCCAGACUAGCCAGAGAUAAGUUAGUCCAGCAGUUCAUUGGUUCAGUCCACGCCAAUGGUCAGCGCGAUCACCACCGACCUCUGCCGAACGUGUCACGAAGCGAAUUUGAGUGGGACGUUCAAAACACGAAAGCGUGGCGGAAGUACGGAACCAAACCAAAGUCAAAACAGUGUGGAUUCGACCUUCUACAGAGUGAUAUACCGCCGAGGACCGCUAUUUAUAAAUCCGCCGAUAUUUCCUAUUCGCGAAAUGUCUCGAUCGAUUUCUUGAUGGAAAUUGAAAAACAAACAGGGAUCGCUGGCAAUGAGAAGGCUGACGAACUUGCAAGAAGAGGGUCGGACAACGAGCCAGAUCCAGGACAGACUCUUGGAGUACCAAAACGUACAGCACGAGUGUCAGUUAAAGACUGGAUUCAGGCAAAACAUAAGAGCUACUGGGAAAACAUCCCAAGAAACAGACAUGGGAAACAAUACAUUAAGGAACCAAGUCAUAAACGAACUGUAGACCUGCUCAACUUGAACAGAGCACAGAUAAAAACUGUUACGGGACUCAUGACUGGCCAUGCGCCAGUAAAGGAGCAUCUCGCCAGAAUGGGACUGUACAAUGGCGACCCAAGCUGCAGACUAUGUGACAAGGAACCAGAAACAGUAGCACAUAUACUGUGCCGAUGUGAGGCAUUGGACCGCAGAAGACAGAAGAUCUUUGGGCAACCAGUUGGCGAACCAGAAAUAUUCAACUCACAUCCAGUGAAGGAUUUGUACAGACUUGUUCAAGGUAACAAACAAAAUCGUUCGUUCAAUUCUGAUAAUUAUGAAAAAUAUAUCUGGUUGACGGAAUCUGAGGUAAGGAAUAAGCUAUUUUGUUGGUACUGCGUAUUAUUUUCAACCGAUAAGUCAUCAUGUUGGGGGCGAUUAGGAUAUAAUGAUUUGAAAAAUUUGCCUCGCGGAUUGGAUAGACACUGCAAAUCACAGGAACACAUGAUUACAGGAUGUGGACUACUGGGCGUUGGCAUUUGGCUGAGGGUAGCUUACGAAGGCUAUGCCUCUUUGCUUCCACAAUACGCCCUUCUCAGUGCUGAUUCCCUGGCCAUAGCCUUGGGGACUAUCACCUUCGUGUUCUCAUUUUUCGCCUGCUGCGGGUCAUGGUUUCAAAAUAGAUGCAUGCUCAUCACGUAUUUCUGCUUGGUAGUGUUCAUUUUCGUAGCGGAAUUUCUACUGGGAUCGCUAGCGUUCGCAUUCAAAGACAACCUGAAGCAUACUUUGAACGAAGAGCUUCGAAAUGGUCUCACGCACCAUUACAAUGUGACCACGCACGGUCCCAAGAGUUUAGUCCAAAUUUGGGAUAACAUUCAAUCACAGUUUGGUUGUUGUGGCGUUCAAGAUUACCAAGACUGGUACAUGAUAGACGCAUGGCCAGAAGAAAAAUGGGUGCCAGAUUCCUGUUGCCUUCCAGCCAGUUACGACUACAACUGUGGCAAAAUAAAGGAUGUUAGCAUAUACACCCAAGGGUGUUAUGACCAGAUCCACAACUUCUUCAUCAAGAGGCUGGAUAUAAUCGGAUUCGUUGGCAUUCUGAUUGCCUUCUUCCAAUUAUACGGAUUGAUAUCAUCCAUGCUGCUGUUUUGUACAGUGAAACAUAAAAGAUUGUCCAGGACUUACAAAUCAUAUUCAUAGCAUUAGUUGAUAUCAGAACUGUUAGGGUAUUUCUAAUUGAUGAGGCAAUAUUGGAACUUCGCUGUACGUAGAUACAUCUGUAUGGGUCAUUCCAAUUCUGGAAUAUCGAAAAAAAAAAGCCCUACACCCCAGAAUCUCGCUAGUUCUACAGACUUCUUUUUUCUCCUGGACGACGCAUUUUCUGCCUCUAAAAAAUGUAUAUCAUUUUCAAAAGUUGGGGGUAAUAAAUUAUUUUCGAAAGAUAUUAUGAAUUAUAUUAUUUAUUUGGAUUUUAAUUGGAUUUUAUUUAGAAUUAAUAAUAUUAUGUUGUUAUUUGAUAUUGCAAUUUGGCCAUACUGAGCCCUGUGAAAACUUGAUUAUAACCGAGAUACUUUAAAACUUACACAAUGUUGACAAAAGGAAAGUUCGAGUGUCAAUCGUGAGAUAUCAUGUGCUUUCAUUGAAUUUUUUUUUUAUUAAAGCCUAAUGCACAUUUCCGAAUUAGAAUUUGAACGGAUGCAUUUAAAAUUAUGGAUGCAACUAG